CUUCAUCACAUAUUCUCAGUCAGCUGUUCAAUCUGUAAGCACAGUCAGAAAAUUCAUGUUCAAAACUUGUGCAAUCAAAUCUCCAAAUAAAACCUAGUUUCUUAUAAUAGUUGUUUUCAAAUUCAGCAUGAAUGUAUGUAAAAAUUUCAAGUUUUUACGCAUCGCGCAACUUUGCAUACGCAACUUUAGCGGCAGCAAUCGCUUGACGGCCGCAGCGGGUGCACUUGGGGCAAGGGGGUCCUCCAACGGUGGCUUCAUCUUAGAGCCGCUCACCACACGCGAACUGAUACGUGUGCAUGGUGCCGAAGCGGUGCCCUUCCUACAGGGUCUCGUGACAAACGAUGUAUCGCGCCUUCAGGAGCCUCAUGGAGCCGCCUCGAUCUAUGCCCUGUUUCUUAAUCGUAACGGUCGUGUGAUGUACGACACGAUCAUAUAUCGCACCAACGAUCCCGACACAUUUCUGUUGGAAUGCGAUCGCGAUGCCUCCUCCGACUUUCGUCGACAUUUGCGCACAUAUCGGGUGCGCAAACGCAUUGAUAUCGACACCGUGGACGAUGAAUAUGUGCCCUGGGUGCUCUACAACGAGCAGAAGCAACAGCAUCUUGUAUCGGCUAGCAAAUCAAAUGAUUUGUUUGUCACGACCGAUCCGCGAAUCGAUGGCCUUGGCACCCGAAUUCUUGCGCCCACUGAUCUCGAUCAGGGCGCUCUCAGCAAGCGAUUGUGGCGGAACCAUGAAGUUGUGGCUGCGCCGCACACCAGUGAUGACAACUAUCAGCUAUUGCGUUACAAACAGGGCAUUGGCGAGGGCAUCGAAGAGUUGCCGCCAGGCAAAUGUUUUCCUCUCGAAGCGAACGCCGAUUAUUUGAAUGGCGUCAGUUUCAACAAGGGCUGCUAUGUGGGUCAGGAGCUUACGGCGCGUGUGCAUCAUUCUGGAGUCAUACGCAAACGUUAUAUGCCCGUGCGUUUUACGGCGCCCGUCAGCUCCCAAUAUACCGUGAAAUCAGUGGCUGGCGCCAAUCUUGGACGUGUCUUGGGCCAUUCACAGAAUCGUGGCGUUGCCUUGUUGCGCAUUGAACCGGUGUUGGGUGGCCAACAACAGUUGGUGCUAGAUGGCGAACGCUGCUACGUGGAUCGUCCACAAUGGUGGCCCAAUGAUGCGGUCAGCAACAAGCGCAUGUUUGCUGCCGUCGAAUGACCUACGGCAAAACAAACGAAAAAUACUGAGACGGCAACAGCAACAAAAAACAGAUAACUGAAUUUAUUGUAUGUGAAAUGAAUGUGUAUAUAUAUUAUUUUUAGGCUAGAUCACAAUAUUAGUAAAGAUUCUCAAUUUGAACAGUCGAAA